AUGGCCUUUGUUAACGUGACGUCCUUUGAUCGUCGCUCUCUGACAGCUAACGGCUGGGACCUGGACGGCAAGUCGUUCGAUUAUGUUAUUGUCGGCGGUGGUACUGCUGGUCUAGUUCUUGCUAACCGUCUCUCUGCGGAUGGCAGCAACUCUGUGGCCGUGAUUGAAGCCGGUAACAGUGGUUACGAUGACAAUGACAAGUUUACCACUCCGGAUGCUACUUUGUACGACUCGUCUGUCAACACGCAGUACGACUGGCAGUACAAGACGACUUCGCAGAAGAACAUGAACGGUCGUCGUGCUUCGUGGCCUCGUGGUAAGGUCCUGGGUGGUAGCAGUGCUAUCAACGGUCUCUACUAUGUCCGCCACAGCCGUGUCGAGCAGGAGGUCUGGGCUGACCUUGCCGGUGGUAACGCCAAUGACCACUGGAACUGGGACAACAUGCUCUCGCACAUGAAGAAGAGCGAGCACAACAAGUCUCCUCUCAAGAGCGUUCGUGACCAGGCUCACAUUCAGUACAACCCUGACUCGCAUGGUCAUAACGGUCCUGUUGACACUACGUGGCCCGCAGUGAUGUACCGCCCUAUCGGUGCCUUCAUGGAGGCUGCCAACUCCGUUGCUUCUCCUUACACUAGCGAUGCUUACGGUGGUGAGAACCACGGUACCUACAUGGCUAACUCGGCUAUUAACAAGGACAACUGGCACCGUAGCUUCUCGCGCAACGCGUACCUUGACCCGGUUCUGGACCGUGGUAACCUUCACGUCCUGACUGGCCACCAGGUUACUGAGAUCAUGUUUGACCAGUCGAACCGUGACAACGUUGAGGCUACGGGCGUUCACUACUCGUCCGGCAAGGGUCAGGAUGUCCACACUGUGCACGCCAACAAGGAGGUUAUCCUUUGCGGUGGUGCUAUUAACAGCCCUGCUCUUCUCCAACUUUCAGGUAUUGGUGACGCUGGCCACCUCCAGAGCCUUGGUAUCGACGUUGUUGUUGACCUCCCGGGUGUCGGUGAGAACCUCCAGGACCACCUUUCGGCCGGUAUGUCGUUCUCGGCUAAGCACAGCCAGGACCGUGGCCCCACCUCGGUGACGGGCAACGCUCGUAAGGACUCGUAUGUGAACUCGGCUGUGUCGUACGUGAGCAUGGACAGCCUCUUCAACAACAAGGACAGCAUUAUCAGCCAAAUCCAGGACCGUGCGAACAGCAUUGUGAACAACCACAAUGUGGCCGACUCGGUGAAGAAAGGUCAGCGCAAGGCCUACAAAGCUAUCGCUAACCGUAUUUACACCUCGAAUGUGUCUCCGGUGGAGAUUCUCGGUAACGUCAUGUUUGGCUCGAUUAGUAUUCAGGCUGCACUUCAGCACCCUCUGUCUCGUGGUUCGGUUCGCAUUAACAGCAAGAAUGCGUUCGACUACCCGACUAUUAACCCGCACUAUCUGGCUGAGGACCUUGACCUUAAGAUCCUCCGUGAGGGCUUCAAGCUGGCUCGCCUCAUCUCGCAGCAGUCGCCGCUGAAGGAGCUCAUUGGCCAGGAGAACGUUCCGGGUGACAAAGUGCAGUCUAACUCUGAGUGGGAGGACUGGAUCCGUCGCUCGGCUGGUACCGAGUACCACCCUAGCAGCACCUGUGCUAUGAUGCCGCGUGGUGAUGGUGGUGUCGUUGGCACCGACCUGAAGGUUCACGGAACCCGCAACCUCCGUGUGGUCGAUGCCUCGGUUACGCCUUUGGCCAUGUCGACUCACUUGAUGGCCGUUGUGUACGGUAUUGCUGAAAUUGCUGCUGAGAUCAUUCUUGGUAACUAA